AUGGCCUCGACACAAACUGCUCCAGUCAACCUUCCACGCGUGGCCAUCACAUACUGCACGCAGUGUCGCUGGAUGCUGCGAGCCGCAUAUUUCGGACAAGAGCUCCUCUCAACAUUCGGCACCCAAAUUGGCGAGAUAGCACUGAUCCCUGCCACAGGCGGCCUCUUCCAAGUCGAGCUAACUUACGUAAAAGCCGCCUCAAUAGAAAAGGAUGGAGGGGACGUGAAAGCCGAGAAGAUUUUGUUGUGGGAUCGCAAAACCGAAGGCGGAUUUCCGGAAACAAAGGUCCUGAAGCAAAGGGUCCGAGAUCGGAUAGAUCCAAAGAAAGAUCUGGGACACAGCGAUGUUGGAGGCAAGAAGAAGGAUGCUGUGAGUACUGAGAACGAGAAGGCCGAGAAGGCCGAGAAGGCCGAGAAGGCCGAGAAGGCUGAGAAGGUGGAGGUCAGGGUGGAUGGCCUGGUUGAAAAGAACGCCGAAGAUAUGGUGAAAGAUAUGGCGCUGGAAGAUGCACCUGAUGAACCAGAUGUCAGAAAGAAUCCCGAUGGCACCGUGUGUGAGGAUUGCAGGUAG